UCCCGGCAUGCCCCGCGGUUGGCCCGGCGGAGGGACGGACGGGGGCCGCGGAGGGUCAUGCCGUCGGGGUUGUGGCGGCGGCUGCAGGCGGGCGGCGCGGCGGUGCUGCGGGGCUUCGUGGGCGAAGGCGAGGAGGCGCUGUUGGCGCGGGAGGUGGAGCCGCUCUUGCGCCGGCGCCCCUACCAGGACCAGCACUGGGACGGGGCAAUUCAUAAAUACCGUGAGACAGAAAGAUUGCACUGGAGCCAGGAGAGCCGGGAGAUCUUGCAGAGGGUGCGGGACGUGGCUUUUCCUCCCCAGGUGCCGCAAUUGGCCCAGGUCCAUGUCCUGGAUUUGGAUAAAACUGGCUACAUAAAACCCCACAUAGACAGUGUCAAGUUCUGUGGCUGCACCAUUGCCGGCCUCUCCCUUCUCUCCCCGAGCGUGAUGCGCCUGGUCAGCGAGCAGAAUCCGCGGGACUGCUUGGAUCUGCUGCUGGAGCGUCGCUCCCUUUAUAUCCUCCGGGGACCAGCUCGUUAUGAAUUCACUCAUGAGAUCCUUAAAGACGAGGAGUCCUUUUUUGAUGGCCAGAAGAUUCCCCGAGAACGAAGGAUCUCCAUCAUCUGCCGGAACCUCCCGCUGCCGCCAUCGUAGAAUCGUAGGCUAACUGCGGAGGCUGGGUGUUCAGCUGUGGAGCGUCACCUGCUUCUCUGAAUGGGACUGAAACUGUUACCUAUGAUGUUCUGCUGAGUGGAAUUCCGUUCUGUGGCUCAAGAUGUCAGGAGUGGUUACUGCUCACUCUGCACAAAUGACCAGCAAGAGCAGGGGUGUGAGGGAGGAGCCCAGCCAAGAGUUGGAAGAAAUAGUUGUGAUUGUACUUGGCCAAGUAUUGUUGGUUGAUCUCAGGAAAUAAAUCCUCCCGUCUUUUGUGGAUGUAUAUUGCAAUGGCA